CAGCGGGUAGAAGACCAAUAUGCUGACACACGUCCGUAGUCAAUAGCUCUAUUGUCACCUGCAUCUCGGUCACCGAGCCCCUUGAUACUAUUGCUGCUCCGGGCGAGGAAGAACCACCAUUUUUGGACAUUACGAUUCCAAAGUGUCAUGAAUUGACGUGCAGAAUAGGUGCCGGCUCAUGCAGCUUCGACAGACUCGAAGCAGGCGUAGAAUACUUCGCUGUCAUGUUCAAGCCAUCGGACAUGGACUCUAUCGCGCUUGCAUCAGGUCCUUGUGUCGCCGUGAUGCCUGCUUCACAGCAACAGGUACCUACUGCAGAACUGGCAACCUUGAAUCGAACGCCAAUCAAAACUGAACACUCAACGCCAACUCGAACAUUUCAAACUCGUCAUCAGCAAACCAGCACUGACCGAGGAAGGGGCAUAGCUACACACACUCCGACUGGGACAGCUCCACGAAAUAACUACAGGCUCAACGAAGAUAUGAGUCCUAUUCCUGGUCGAAGAUCUGAUUCAGCUUCGCCAUCAACAUCUCCCAGCAAUAUAUACAGGAAUGGCAUAGCAAGAGAAACUAAUCUAGACGAAGACAUGAUAACACGAUCGUAUAGUAAGUUCACAGUAGCUUCAGGGACAGGACAGUGCACUGUUAACUCUUGGCUUAGCCCCCGGUCGCGCACUGUCGACGCUGGACAUUCUGGAAGCCCGGGAUUGGUAUGAGGCCUCGAAUGGGGGCUCGCGAGGGGUGGUGAUUGGCAUCAUGAAGGAAGAGCCAGAUGAUGAACGCGGGCGCCAGAAGCGACAACGGACCGCGUUGUAAGCACUUGUGCGCUGUUACACUUGCCGUUGGAGUUUUUCGUCGAUUUUGUUUCUUUGCAGAGGGGAAUCUGUGUGGGAUUCCGGCUUUAUUUUCUUUCCUAUCCUUGCUGCCUGUAUUCAUGAAAAUGUCUUCGCAC